AUAAAAGCAACGGCCGGCCUCGCACUGAUCGUCGUCGGCCGACUCUCGUCGGCCGACUCCAAUUCCAAGGUUGGAAGACAAAGCAUAUCUCUCGUGCUGAUGUGUUGUAAUCUUAGCUUCUUUUGCGUUUCUUGCAAGGUUCUGCGUGCUCGAGAUCCUUUCCCGCCUGCAGGUCUCGAUUCUUCGAAGUAAAUCCAGCAGGCUGCGGGGCUCCUUUUGCGUCCAACCGAGGGUUGUCAGCUCAACUUCUAGUGUUCGCAGCUGAGCACUAAAGCACUGUAAGCUUUUGAGAGAGGCGUAGAAAGCUUGAGCUUGGCAGUGCUGGCCCCCCUGCACAUGCAUGGGAAGAAGGGGCAAGCGCACAGCAAAACGAAGCUGAAAUUGCUCACGCUUUUUUGAUAUUGAGUCGGUUCAUCUGGCGACCGCUCUAUUGGCUUUCUGGUGCAUCAAACCUGCGAGCUGCUCUUAGUCAGAAAUCUUCUUAGCAUAAUCAGCAGGCUUACUAGAGACAAUUUCUGCAUCUGAUGGUUGAAAGUUUGACUUCCAGCUCCGGUUUGCUGGAGUUUCUAUGUUUAAAAGGCCCUUGACGGCAGCCAGUCUUUAGCACCAGCCUUUAGCACCAGCCUUUUGGUAAGGAGAACGACCAGUCUUCAGCUCCAGCCAUGGUGUCAGGAAACUUCCCUGAGCUGCUAAGCCCCCCCCAGUUCUCUCUGAGAAAGAGCCGGUCGCUGCCAAGCUCCCCGCUGGCUAGAACGCCAACUAGAUUGAAGAGACGCGGCUUCAGGGCAGAGGCUAUUCACCCUGACCUUAUUCACACUGAGAUCCCUUCUUCCGAAGAGAUUGAUGAUGAGGGGCUGAUAUCCUUAAACGGGGCCAGUAACACCAGUCAACUCAGCUCCCAGAAGAUUAAUGAACAAUCUGCAGUGAGACUUGCCUCCUCCGGUUUAUCCCUAACCAGUGCAUACAAACCUUGGGCAAAGGGCUGGUUAAGAAGCACCGCUGAGGGCAGCCUGCCACUGUGGGUUGUCACAAGGGAGCGGGGCUUUCUGCCCUCAGUCGAUCCCCCCACCACGGCAGUAACCCACACCCAAACCAUGACCGGGUCAGCACUAAACCAGCUCCUAACCCUCGAAGCUCUCUUGGGGGAGCUCCCAAAGCUAGUGGUGGCAGCGGCAGGCAAGCCUGGGGCGCUGAGGAGGGCGCUGACGUCAGCAGUGCGGGAGGCUGAUGUCAGCGGGAUCAAUGACGAGGCGCAGGCGUGGCGCGCGUUCACGGUGCUGUCCUUCUUGGCACACGUGUAUGUCUGGGGGGACUUUCUGCCGCCAGCAAACCGACUGCCCGCCCCCCUGGCACGGCCCUGGUGCCAGCUGGCAUGGAAGCUGGGCGUGCCGCCUGUGAUGUCAUACGCGACGUACAAUCUGCUCAACUGGCGCAGACUGGACCCUCGGGACUCCAUUGAGCUAGGAAACAUUGUCUGCCUGGCAAACUUCAACGGCGGGCUCGACGAAGAGUGGUUCCGGUUGAUCCACGUGGCGAUCGAGCAGCAAGCGGCGCCCGCGAUUGCGGCGAUUUCCGACGCGCAUGACUCCAUACGUUCGUUUGAUGUCGAGAAAGUCUCCCAAAGCUUGGAGACGAUCAAGAUAACCCUGCGGACGAUGCUGGAAACUCUCAAGAGGAUGCAAUCGGCGUGCGAUCCGCACGUCUACUACCAUCGAGUACGCCCGUACACGUCCGGUUGGCGCAACAGCACCGAUCUUCCGGACGGCCUGAUCUACGAGGGAGUUUCCGAGGAGCCCAUGAAGCACUACGGCGCGACCGGGGCGCAGAGCGCGGUGCUGCCCGCGCUCGACGCCGCCCUCGGGGUGCAGCACCCGCCCGGUUGGCUCUCCGAUUACCUGCGAGUCAUGCGCGAGCAUAUGCCAGGGGAGCAUCGCCGGGCGCUUCAGGCGAUUGAACAGGGGCCGUCGAUUCGCGCCUUCGUGCAGGAGCACUUUGAGAAGCUGGCGGGGCCGUACGAUGAGGCGCUGAGGGAGCUGUACGCGUUCCGUAAUCAGCACAAGUCAUUUGCCUUUUCUUACAUCAAGAAGCAGAGCAAGCUGGUCGACGAGAAGGGCACGGGGGGGACCGAUUACAUGCCGUACCUGGACAAGCACGCGCGCACAACGAGAGAGCACCUUCUUUCCAACUAACCUGCACAAAGCUGGAUAGACUUUGCAACAAGAGCCAAUGAAUGGCAGCCGCGAUUGCUCGCGUUGAUUUGUAAGAAGCAAGGAUUUGCAUUCAGUGUGAGAGCUUGUACAUACUCUUGAUAGAAUGAUUGGAGCACUAUACUGUGCAUAUAAACGAUAUGUGAAGGUUUGAUUUGGGUGCUUGCGGAUUCUAGCGUGCGCUGAACUUACACACCUUGUACAGAGCAGUAUCGGUGAUGGCUUGCAACUUGCUAGGUAGAUAAGCUGGUAGAUUAAUCCGCUUAUUGCUGGCUUUGAACAUAAUACAUAGAAGUGUCAAGCUGCUACAAUUUUGUACAGAGGCGAGCUGGCAUGAUGUCAAGAGCUAGGUAUUGGUAGUCAAAACACAUAGUAGCUGUGAAGCUGGCGUCAAAAUAGCAGCGGUUCCAAACUUGAAACAAAUUAGACAGCAAUAAAAAUACUGGCAGGGCAUGAUUUGAGGGCAGUUUGAUUGAUGUGAGAAGUCACACUAAGCGGUAUAUCACAGAUAGAUUGCGUGUAUAAGGAUUGGAACAAGAAAGAAUUUUGAAGUUAAUGUUGCAAAUGCCAGUGGC